AUGGUUCACAAAUUGACAUUCAAUGUCGGUGGGCAACUAUACAGUAUUUCUACGACUUCUCUACAAAAUGGUCCUGAAUCUAAGCUGACACGAAUGUACCAGUCUGGGACCACCUUGACUGAAUCUGCCUAUAUAGAUGUUGACAGACCAGGAGAUGUGUUCGCUUCUGUGUUGGCAUUAUAUCAGACUGGAGAACUACAUUUUCCUAUGACGUCAUGUCCGGGAGCAUUUCUGAAUGAGUUAGAAUUCUGGGAAAUUUCACCGGAAAUGGUAGAAAGUUGUUGUUUUAAUAGAUUGCAAAGUUUUGUUGACGAACAAGAAACCUUACAGGAAUUCCGAGAAAGUCGUCAAACAAGUAGAAAACGUUUUUGUUAUUCCAAUCAGUUUAUGAAGAGCUUUCAAGGCAACCUCUGGAAUAUCAUUGACUAUUCGAAGCCUUCUGCCUUUGGAAGGUUAUAUUUCAUGGUUUCUCUGUUCAUGGUUUUACUGUCCAUAUGCACACUGUCAUUCAGCACAGAUCCAUAUUUCCGAAGGCAAAUGACAAACUGCGAGCGCCUGGAGUAUAUGGAGUCUUCCGGUAUGGAAAAGAUCGAAUUAGCUAGAAAAUGGCUGAAAGAAGACUGCAACAACGAUAACUUGCCUGACCAUGGACAUCCCUUUGAGAUGAAAUCACCACAUUUCGGAGAUCCCAAUGGAGGUCCCAAUGGAUGCAACUGGAAUUUUAAAACAUCUGUAAUUAUAUUUUUACGAUAUAAAAAAUACAGUGAUAAUAAUGGUGACAGUGAAAGCGUUGAUGAUGAGGAUAAUGGUGAGAACUGGUCGAAUGAAAGAAAUGAUAAUGAUCAGCCUACCGGAACUCGGGAGCAAGGAAACUUUUCUGACCACACACCAGUUUCUACGCUUUCAGAAAUCUCCAACGUAUCACAGAUACCUGGGAUGAUGGGUGAAUACGUGGAAUUACCAGAUUUUGACAUACAAAUUUAUGCAUUUACUGUACUCGAAGCAGUAACUGUAGUAUAUGUUACGAUUGACAUAAUACUUCGUCUGCUUUUCUGUCCUUCUAGAAAGUGGUAUUUCUUGAGUAUAAUUAAUUUCGCCGAUAUGUUGGCUCUUAUUGGAUCACAUGUACACUUUGUAUUAAUGCAAGUAUACACACAUGAAAAAUACAGGGACAGCUGGAUGGAUUCUCUGAGGUACUUACAGGUUUUACGUCCUAUGCGGUUGUUCCACAUCGUAUCUAAUGUCCGUGCUGGACAGGUUUUAGCCUAUACGGUACGGGAAAAUUUCAAGGAUCUCUCAAUUUUGAUACUGUUCUUGAUUGUUGGGAUGACCUUCUUCGCUAGCUGUAUGUUUGUCGCAGAAGAAAGAGAAGAUUUCCAAAGUAUUCCAGCGGGCUGGUACUGGGCCCUUGUUACCAUGACAACCGUAGGUUACGGCGAUAUUGCCCCUAAAACGGCUGUGGGAAGAGUAAUGGCCUGUUUAUGUGCUUUUUCUGGAAUAAUCCUACUUGCUCUUACUGUACCGAUUUUCGCUAACAAUUUCUUAACACUUUAUCAAUUUGCCACUUCAGAAAAGGCCGUACAGAAAUUCCAGCAGAAAAGGGCAAAAGUCAAAACUUCACAAAAUGAUGUAAGAAAUCUUGGAAAUAACACAUUCUACUCCGGUGAGAAAUAG